AAUUCUGGUCACACUGCAUUAUUAAUACUUGCCAAUUUUUAAUUCUAACCAAACAAUUACCUUUUAGUAUUGAAAAGCUUGUGCAAUAAAUCAUGGAUGACGACAUGGUAUUUGAUCCAUCUCUAAAGAAGAAGAAGAAGAAGAAAACUGGUUUUGAUAUGGAUGCUGCACUUGCUGAACAGGGCGAAAGCGCAAGCAUGGAGGUACCAGUGGAGACAGGUGACGUAGACGUGCCUGAGGAUGAUAACCUUGAUUUAGAUAACUUUGGUAAGAAAAAAAAGAAGAAAAAGAAGACAUUCUUCAAUUUGGAAGAAAUAGAGAACGCUUUGCCCGAGACACCACCUACUGAAGAACCAGAACCCCAGGAAGUUGAAGAUAUUGAUGAUCUGGACUUAGAUAUAGAUUUCUCAAAGACGAAGAAGAAAAAGAAGAAGAAAAAUAAUCUUGAUGAACAUGUAGUCGAAGAUGACAAUAAGGGGGAAGAUCAGGAAAACAUCGAAGAUAUACAUGGAGACUGGGUUGGUAGUGAUCGCGACUACACUUAUGACGAAUUGCUUGAGCGUGUAUUUGACAUCAUGCGUGAAAAAAAUCCAAGCAUGGUGUCUGGUAAAAAGCAAAAGUUUAUUAUGAGGCCUCCUCAAGUUGUACGAAUUGGUACAAAAAAGACCUCUUUUGCAAACUUUACAGAAAUUUGCAAAACAUUGCAUCGACAGCCAAAACAUUUAUUAGACUUUUUAUUGGCAGAGUUGGGCACUAGUGGUUCUGUUGAUGGUAAUAGUCAGUUAAUCAUUAAGGGUCGUUUCCAGCAAAAACAAAUAGAAAAUGUACUCCGCCGAUAUAUCAAGGAGUAUGUAACAUGUCAUACAUGUCGCUCACCAGAUACAAUUUUGCAAAAAGAUACCAGGUUGUUCUUCUUGCAAUGUGAAACUUGUGGGUCUCGUUGCUCUGUGGCCAGCAUCAAAUCUGGGUUCCAGGCUGUCACUGGUAAACGUGCUGCCAUUCGUGCAAAGACUGCAUAAAGUAGUGCUUAGUUAUAAACUAAUUUUACACAUGAAGGUCUGGGGUACAUUCAGUUACGAUUAUAUUUUAUUGUACCUUUUAGCAUCAAAGCCUAUAAACCCAAUUGGAUGUAGUGCAGAUUUUUCUAUAGGUUUCUUUUACUUUUACUACAAAGCACCAUGUUGCCUGUUUAUAAAGAGAGUCAUGCCUAAUA